UUUGCAUAAUGCUCUGUGGAACCAGGAAGAGGGGGAAACCAGGGAGCAUCGGAGCUGUGCUUUUGCUCACCUCUAAUAGCUGCAGCCAAAUCCUCCUGCACGGAGGAUCCUUCAUCCCUUCUGGACCCUCUUUGGUGGUCCCAGGGAGCAUCCUGGCCCCUAGGGAACCACGGCAGCAGUGGAAGGAGAGGCAGACAAACUACAGAUCCCAGCAUCCCCUGGCAGGCAGUACCUGCAGCAGUCCCUGCGUGCCUGGAGGGGGUUGAGGAUGAGGAUGGAAGGCGGGGAAGAAAUGCAGGGCGCCGUGGGGCUGCGCUGCAGCUGGGACAUCCCAGCCCCAGCUGGCACUCAGGCCAAGUGGGUGAGGCUCAAUGUGGGGGGCACCGUCUUCCUCACCACCAGGCAGACCCUGUGCCGGGAGCAGAAAUCUUUCCUCUGUCGCUUGUGCCAGGGCGAGGAGCUGCAGUCGGACCGGGAUGAGACUGGUGCAUACCUAAUAGACCGGGACCCCACUUACUUUGGACCCAUCCUGAAUUUCCUCCGUCAUGGGAAGCUGGUCCUGGAUAAAGAUAUGGCAGAAGAGGGGGUGCUCGAAGAAGCAGAGUUCUAUAACAUUGGCCCUUUAAUCCGAAUGAUUAAGGAUCGACUGGAGGAGAAGGACUACACAGUGACUCAGGUGCCUCCUAAACAUGUCUACCGCGUGCUGCAGUGCCAGGAAGAGGAGCUCACUCAGAUGGUUUCCACUAUGUCGGAUGGAUGGCGCUUUGAACAGCUUGUGAACAUUGGCUCGUCCUACAGCUAUGGCAAUGAGGAUCAGUCCGAGUUCCUGUGCGUGGUCUCCAAGGAGCUGUACAACUCCCCCAACGGCCUGAGCUCCGAGCCUAGCCACAAAGCCAAGACCGUCCAUGUAUUCGGGAGUCCACUAAACUCUUGCUUCCUCCGGAUCCUCCCUCCUGCUCCCCUCCGUGCCCAUCUCUGCACUGUCACCUGCCUGGGACACCAUACCCCACUCCCCAGCCUCCAGCAUCCCUCCCUCUGCUCUCUUCACCCCUCACAGCCUCUCCCCAGCAGCCCAGGUUCCCCGCCUCCCCUCCCAAACCCGAGGGCCUGUGUGCUCCCCGCUCAGGGCCUGUCUUUCUCCACUCCUCACUUUUCCUCCUCUGCAGCUGUUACAAGCCAGAGGCCUGAGGAUGUGAUCCCGACACUCCGCUCCAGCCUUUUAAUUUCUGGUUUAUAUUUUUAUUUUUGUACGGUACUGUGCGACAGCCCCUUGCACCACAGUGACACCCCCAGCCCCCCUGCACUCUCCACAUGCAGCCAUCGAUUUUUACAAACUCACCUCUGCCUGGAGGUAGGGCAGAUGCUCCAAGGAGAGCCUGGGCUGCUGCAGGGGCUGGAGCCCCCUCGCACGCCUGGCAGACUGUCUUUCCUUAAUGUCACAGUGGCCCCUGCUGGGGACAGCAGUGAUCAGCCACUGCAGAACUUCCCAAACAACACCUGGCUGGGGCUGGUGCCCAGAUGUGGUGGUAUCUGCAGCAGGACCGCUCCUUGCCCAUUCCCUGCUGCGGGCAGCUGGUCUGGGCUUGUGCCCAGAGGGUGAAUACGGAGCCACUGCCUUCUUCUGGGCCACCUGCACUGCUCGUGGGGUUGUCCCUGUGCUGGGUGUCACCUCGCUGGUGCCUUGCUCCCUGUCCCCCAAAGCAGCCCUGUGCCAGAGGGGUGAGAGGAGACAGGCAUAGUGUCCGGGUACCCGUGGGGAACAUGCUGGCACCUGAUGUAGGGUCUUCUAGGAUGAGGACAUCCCUGCCUCAAGGAGCAGGGUGCUCGUUUCACCGCCGUCUCUGAGGACGCUGGGUUGUAGCUCCUAAAUAAAACUCACACUUUCUUCCUC